GCGUCAGCUAAAUGAAUAAAUGUCUUUCACUACUUCACACAUUGUCAAUGACAGUGAAACCACAAGAAAAAGCUCCAUACAGAAGCCAAGAAUGAAGGUCGCAAUGCUUGCCGUCAGCCUCCUGCUAGUCUUGGCUUGUGGAGAGGCACUGAAGUGUAACAGGUGUAUUGGAAAAGGCUGCACAACCACCGUUGAAACCUGCAGUUCAGACCAGGAUGCCUGUUGCAACGUCAUUUUCUUACCCCCCAUGCCUGUUAACUAUUUCAGAAGAUGCAUAAGGAUGACAGACUGCGUCCUCUUCAAGCAGACGCCCAACAUUAAUGCUGUCUGUUGCAACCGGGACCGUUGCAACUGAGCUCCACUGUCAAGAAGCUCUAUGCAGUGUCUGACCAGCAUUCAGUUUCAAUUAUCAUUCAGAUGGUAUCGAAUCAUAUUUGCACAAUCCAUUUAAAAACUUCUCCUUUCAGCCAGAUUCAGAAAAAACUGUUUUUAUUUCUUACCUUAAUUGCACAGCUUUUGUAGUAUAGAUUAUUUACCUACACACUUCCUGAGCCGCUUGUCCCAUACGGGGUCGCGGGGAACCAAAGCCUACCCGGCAACACAGGGUGUAGGG